AUGAGCAACCCUUCACCUGACCGCGAGCUUCGGUUGCCUGAGCAUGUCACCAAGUUGCUCAAGCUGAAACGCUAUGUCCAUUUGGCAACAGCCAAGGACAACGUUCCUCAUGCUUCCUUGAUGAACUACACGUACUAUCUGAAGAACGAAACCCCAUACAUCAUCCUCAGCACCCCAAGAGACACAACGAAAUACCGCAACAUCGAGUCGAAUCCUCAUGUGUCGCUUUUAAUCCACGACUGGGUUGCUGGCGACGACGAAUUGGCUCCCUCGGGGAGAAGAAACUCUUUAUAUGAGCUAUUGGCAAACAUGAACAAGGCUGAGAUCAGAAGCGUUUCGGUGAUGCUCAACGGAAGGGCCCGCAUCAUAGACCCUGCCUCCGAGGACUAUAAGUUCUACAAGUCGUUGCAUUUGAACAACACUUUGGUCGACGAGGCUCAGGCGGAGACGUUCAUCCAGAAUGAGAACAAUAGCGUUGUCUUGAUCACGGUCGACUCGUGCCAGAUCACAAACACAAACAACGAGGUCCAGACAUAUGAGCUGUGA